CAUCGAAUAACCCAGCUCAACGAUAAGCAUUAUGCUACCUGCCACAGGCGAUUUAAAACAAAAUUCCGUAAAGCUUAAUUUUGAACACCCGGUAUAUAUAUGGUGUUUCGAAGUCCUUAUUCAAGGCAAAAUGAAAGAAAAUAAAAGUCGAAGAUGUCGUCAGCGUUCGCUCGCAGCUACCUUUUGCACCCAGAAUUUUCUGCCAGGUACGCGAUAGUUAUUGGUAAAGAAGAAGAUGGCAUUAAUUGUCCGCGUGCUUUGAGUCUCGAGACGCGCGUUCAUGCCCAAUAUCUCCUCGGGUCAGCCGACGCCCAAGCAGGCUCCUUCACUGCACCGCCGGCAGCCUGGGUAGCGUAGCCGAGGCGCCUGCCGUGGCUUUGACCAGCAGUGGCAAACGGCUCGCGUAGUCCUCCGCCACGGAAUACGCAGCGCGUACGAGCAGCGGCUGAGAGGCACCCGGUCGAGCAGGCAUGCAGCUCUCUGAAGAUGCGGUCGCAGAGCUCCGCGAGGCAUUCGCGCUCUUCGACAAGGACGGCGACGGCGCCAUCAGCACCAAGGAACUUGGCACCGUGAUGCGCUCCCUCGGCCAGAACCCGACCGAGGCCGAACUAAAGGAAAUCAUCGCGGAGCUGGACGUCGAUGGAAACGGCACCGUCGACUUCCCGGAGUUCCUGGCCCUGAUGUCCAAGAAGGCGCGUACUACGGACACCGAGGAAGAGAUCCGGGAGGCCUUCAGGGUCUUCGACAGAGACGGGAAAGGCUUCAUCGCCGCCGCAGAGCUCCGUCACGUCAUGACGACUCUUGGAGAGAAGCUUACGAACGAGGAAGUUGAUGCGAUGAUACGGGAAGCCGAUGUGGAUGGAGAUGGCCAAAUUAACUACGAUGAGUUCGUAUCGCUCAUGACUUCAGGCUAAACAUCAAAAUCGCCGUGCUUUGCUUCACUUUCAUUGCUUUGACGCCGCCAUAAGAAAAGUGAACAGCGCUUCAUUAAACAAUGAUGAAACGGGUGCACUGGUUACUUUUCUCGGUUCGACUCCACUUUCGCGCCUUGUCCGUGGCACAGGGGCAUUUGUAGUGACGGUCGCGAACAAGGAAGCAGCUCCAAGGGCCACACAGGCGUGCAACGCUGGACACAUUUUGGACGCUCAUAUUAAUUACUGGCCGAACAGCCGCUAUCGCUAGAGUAAAAUAUUCGGCUUGACAUAUAAGAAUAGAAUUGGAGCUAACGAAUCGUUGCAAUAUACCAGAAAAAUAGAAAAUUACCUGCCUUAUUACGAUGCACCGUGUUUGAAUUUAGCGCUAAGGCGCACUUCACUUCGGCUUGGCUUGACCUGGCUUGGUGGCAUUACGACUCGCCGCUUGUGUUGCGCGUCCGCUACGUCCGUUACCUCUGCAGCGCACGUGUUUGGCAUCAGCAGUCAGCUGCAUCAAAGUCAGCGCAUCAAAAAUGAGCCCAGAAUCCAAGCAAAAAGCGGCCGUCGUCCUUUUCCUCGCAAAGAAGGCGUUUCACUGGGGAUUCAUACCCACAGUGCUAUACCUGGG